AUGGCUGAUGGUGAAAAGCUUAAUGUCGACAGUAUUAUUCAGCGACUUUUGGAAGGUUUGCUCCUUCGAGAUGUUACAAUCGGUAUUCAUUCUAAAAUUUACAGGGGUCUAAAUUUCUCUCUUGAAUUUCAGUGCGUGGCUCAAGACCAGGAAAGAAUGUACAGCUUACAGAGGGAGAAAUCCGAGGGUUGUGCAUCAAAUCAAGAGAAAUCUUUUUGAGUCAGCCAAUUCUUCUAGAACUCGAAGCUCCUCUCAAGAUUUGUGGUGAGUGACUGUCGGCGGUGCCGUUGAAAUGUUCUACGCCCAAACUUUCCGCAUCUGUGUUUAGUUCUACUAAACUUAAACUACGAUUCUUAUUUAUUGCAGGAGACAUUCAUGGACAGUACUAUGAUCUCCUUAGACUGUUUGAGUACGGCGGUUUUCCACCAGAAUCAAAUUAUCUCUUUUUGGGAGAUUACGUUGAUCGAGGAAAACAGUCGUUGGAGACGAUAUGUUUGCUUCUAGCUUAUAAAAUCAAGUAUCCGGAAAACUUCUUUCUCCUUCGUGGAAAUCACGAAUGUGCGAGUAUAAACCGCAUUUAUGGCUUUUAUGACGAAUGUAAGUAAACAGGUUAUGCAUUUUCGAGUGUGACUGUCGGUCGUUAAAGUUUGAAAGUUAGGAUUUCUUCAAUGUCAUUACGCCUGUUUUGAACUCCGAGUUCAGUGAUUGAAUUACGAAGCUUUCGUCUCGCGUGUAUGAAUAAUAGAAUUUAGCUUCGCGUCUUCUUUGCUGCAGGUAAAAGAAGAUACAACAUUAAGUUGUGGAAAACUUUUACGGAUUGCUUCAACUGCCUUCCUGUUGCUGCGAUUUUGGACGAGAAGAUAUUUUGCUGUCACGGAGGUAUGCUUUCUCUCUUACGUUCUGAAUUCUGUUCAAAGUUUCGCCGAUUACGAGUUACAGAUUUCUUCUUGAUGUUUGUUUGGUGGCUACUAUAAUUUGAAUAUGUACAGACAAAGGCAAAAGAUAUAUAAAUGUUUUCAUGGUUUCGAUCCAGGUUUAUCGCCCGAUCUGCAAUCUAUGGAACAAAUUCGCCGCAUUAUGAGGCCGACCGAUGUCCCUGACCAAGGUAAAGCGAAGCGCAAAUCUCAAUGUGCGCCAUUUAUGGCGUAAUUUGUGACUAAUUUAGUGGCUGGAGAUUAACCCGUCGUUACUUUAAGCCAUAUUUUUAAAAUGGAACUUUUUGUUUCGAUGGUUGUCAGAAACGGAAAAGACAGGAACUUUCUCGUUACUAUCCAAUUAGUUCUUGUUGAAAGGGUACCUCAACCGUGAAGGUCUCUACAUUGAUAAAGGAAAUUCAUAGAAUUGUGUUUCGAAGCUGUCAUCACGUUUUAGUAUUAACGUCUAGCAUAGAAACUGUGUAAAUUGUGAAGGAUUGUUUCGCUUCGACUCGCUCUGUCUUAAACAAUUUGAAUUAUUGAUAAGAAGUUUGACAUCUUACACUUUUAAAAAUGUAGUAAAAACAAUAGCGAGAUUCCGUCUCCUGCGUGUGAAAAAAAAUUUCACAUUUCAAGAAAUUUAAGGUAGUCAUGUAAAAGUUUCCUUAUACUCAUGAAUUCAUGUUAUUGCGGAUAAAAUUAAUUUGUAAUUUUUUUGUUAAUCUUAUCCUGCAUUUCUUGGUUUUUAGUCAAAUUUAGAAGUUUUUAUAAAGAUUUUAAGGGAUUACACCUCGGGGCUCUGUCUCUAAAGAGCACCAUUAUUUUAUAUUAGUAUAUAUUAUUUUUCCAAUGAUAACAAAGUGAUUUCAUGGGUUAGAUUGGAUUACACCUCAGGACUCUUUCUCUAUAGUGAGACAUUAUUUUACAUUAGUACAUAUUGUUUUUCCAAUGAUUACAAAGUGAUUUCAUGCAUUAGAUUGGUUGAGUGUAUUUAUCACAUCUUACCACAAUCAUCUGAUAUGACGUGAUUGUAAUACUGGAAAACUGUUUUUGAGAUGGUUUCUAUGCAAUUUUUUUGAUAUUUGUGAAGACAAAACAAAUAAGAUGUAGUUGCUGAUGUAAUCAUUUGCUAAGUUAUCUGGCAGGUGAUUGUAUGGCAAACUGCAUUGUAUUGUUAUAUUGAGAUCAAUGUUCGUGCAGUCCUUGAAAAUUCUGAUAAAAGUCAACAUUUUUCACCUUUCUGGAGUAAGUAAUUGUUAAAUCUUCAUCACUUUACUCAUGAAAUUUAUCGCCCAGAAAUGUCUUCCUUGUUGCCAGAAUGGUUACUUAGUUUAUUUAGCACAUCCAUAACUGUAUAUCCACUUCUUGUUUGUAAUGUUUGACUGGAAAAAAAAGAUGAAGCAAUCACACAGCUCAUGAAAAAAACAAAAAGGAAAAUUCAAGAUGGUGAAUAAUUUUCACUGGAUAACAAAAACAAAUUUUGUAGGUUUUUGGUCAUGUAUCUGACAACUAAUGUACAAGUCUUUUAUAGGCCCUCAUAAGUUUGAUUAUAAGCGGUUUCAUUGUUUUUGCUAUGUACGGUAGUAUUCAAUGAAGUACUGUAACUUAGGAAUCACUGAGUUUGUCCUCAUAGCAUUUGUAAUCUGAUGUAAGACAUACACAGUACAUCAUUGGAGCAUUGAAAGGGUUCGAUCAUUGUAGUGUUGUCUAAAAAAGUUAUUCAAGAUUGAAAGAUAAAUUGUUCACCAAACACCUUUAGAAUGAGAAACUUUCUUAAUUUUGAGUGGACUUAUCCAAUUUGAAGUAACAUUAAGUAAUGGGUCAAAUUUUCUCAUUUUUUAGGAUUAUUAUGUGACCUGUUGUGGUCAGAUCCAGACAAGGAUGUCCAAGGAUGGGGUGAAAAUGACAGAGGGGUUUCCUUUACCUUUGGUCCAGAUAUUGUAUCCAAAUUCCUUGCCAAACAUGAUCUGGAUCUUAUUUGUCGAGCUCACCAGGUGUGUACAGAAUAGUGAUAAAUUAAAUAGAAUAAUAAAGAUGGUAAAUUUGAUAAAGAAAAGAGAGAUGUUUUUGGUCUUGCCAUCAGAGUGGAACACUGAAAAAAUUCUGAGUCUUCAUGAGGAAUCAAAACCUCAAACCUUCCAACUCAGUGCUCCAGCAGUAUACUGGGCACCUAUUAUGUAUGAACUUUGUAAUGACCUUGCUCACCAUAUAGUCUCUGUGCUCAGCAGAAGAGCGUUGGGUUGCAUAAUCAGAAGGUCUGAGGUUCGAUUCCUCAUAGGAACUCAGAAUUUUUUCUUUGCUGCUCAUUACAAGAUGAAAACCAUCUUCCCUUAAGAUACAGUAGGGUGGAUUGUGUAGUAAUGAGACAACUUGCCUCUUACCACAGUGUGUUGGUUCAAUCCCUGAUCCAAGGUCACUUGUGGGUUGGGUUUGUUGUUGAUUUUCAUCCUUGCCCCCCCUUUUUUUCCCUCCUGGUCUUCUGGUUCUGCUCCCUUUUUAGAAACCAACCCUUCAAAUUCCAAAUUGACCAGGAAAUAGUGGACCAAAGCAACUGCAAGGAUGUCUUGCUAAAAUCCAAUUACUGUUAUUGCUAUCUUUAUAAUUAUGAAUUAUAUUUAGCAUUUAUCUUGUACUCUGUACAUCUUGAAAUGUAGCAUUGAUUUUGAAAGUUGUUUGUGUGCAAUUAAUUUCAGUUUUCUUCAUCUUUACCUGUACUUGUUAGUGUUAGCUAAUUCCUUCCAUUUUGGUGAUGGUUAACCCUUUAACUACCAUGAGUGACCAAGACAAAAAUUCUCCAUAAAAUAUCAAUGCAAGCAGAAACAUGAUGAGAGCAAAGAGAAUAUUAAUAAGGGUAUUGAAAGUAAAUCCAUUGCCAAAUUCUCUGAACCAACAUCACAAAAAUUGCAUGGCAGGACAGUAAGGAGAACUAUUAACGAGAUCUGGGAGUGAAUGGGAUAGAGUUAACUCAAGUGUAGUAGGUUAUUGUAGAAGCCAUUGGUUUCAUAUAUUAUGGGAAGGUUGGAGGAUUUUUAACAAGUCCUGUUUGAUGGCAGCCACUUCAUCCUCUGAAAAGUUCCUCAAGGAAUUCCUUCUGCAUAAACCUUUGGCAGUGCCUGAGUAAUUAUUUCUGCAUUGUUACUUGAAAUUUUACAAUCAUUGAAAGUGUAUGAUUAAGUUUGUGUAACACUUCAUUUCAUGUAAUUUUUUUUUUUUAAUUAUAACAGGUUGUGGAAGAUGGAUAUGAGUUCUUUGCUAAGCGGCAGUUGGUAACCUUGUUUUCAGCUCCAAAUUACUGUGGAGAAUUUGAUAAUGCUGGAGCCAUGAUGAGUGUGGACGAAACCCUUAUGUGUUCAUUUCAGGUGAAGAUUUUUCUUUUGUUUGUGUCUUUGUUUAUGUUUAGUUUUUUACACUGUGCUUUAUCAGAUAGCCUAAUAAUAAUAUUUUCAUUACACAGUUUUUAAGCCCUCUUAUCAUUUGUUAUUCAUCAUAUAAAGACAUUACAGCAGAUUUGCACACUGACAUGUGAUAUCUGCUAUUUACAUAUUUUGGCUAAUUUUAACUUGACAGAUUCUAAAACCUGCCGACAAGAAGAAGUUCCCCUAUGGAGGGUUGAACUCCGGCCGACCAGUUACCCCACCACGUGGAGGACAACAAGGAAAAGGGAAAAAGAAAUGAUACUUGUACCAUAAGAUAUUUGUUCUGAACUGUAUUAUAAUAUUGUUAUACAACCUAGUUAUUUUCUAGAGUCGCAUGGAUAGAAGUUAUGAUAGUAUACACAAUUGAAAUGUCGUGUAAUAAAACAGAACAGGAUGCAGAGAAGAGAUUGUUUCAAUGCAUACGAUGUGAGCAAGCUUGUCUAUAUAAUCAUAUUCUUUUUUCCUUUGCCGUUGAUAUUUUUUAUUUGUAGGAUAGAAAUUUAGUUCUUUGUCAAACUAUUGCUGUAAGUGCAUCACUGAAUUUUUCAGUGAGACAUUUGUCAAAGUUGGAAUGUCAGGAAAUUAUGACUUCAAUAUGGGCACAGGUUUGAGGCAAGACCUCAUAACUGAGGAAGUUUUGGUAUCUCCACAAGACAGUUAUGCAAAGAUUCAUGUAAGUUCUGGCAGAUAGCUAUGUAUAUACAACAGAAUGGAAAUCAAGUCAUUAUUUGAGUUAACCACAGCCCUAGAAAUUCUAGAACUUCUGCUUAACAGAUGUAAUACUUUCACACUUUCAAAGCAUACUAUUGUGAAAUAUUUUCUCCACACUCACUCACCCCUCCCCCCCUUACUAGAAUAUACUUUAAGCCAUGUUAGGCUGAACUUUGUAUUCAUACUACAGAAAGCCAAAUCAUUGGAGAAGUGUAAAAUAGUAGCAAGGGAAUUUUGCUAUCUUUUUGUAACAAAUUGAAGAUAGGUUUUGGGUUUAAUGGGAAAGUAUUACAUGUAGUUUAUUUUAUGUAUAUGAUUUAUACCUAUAAUUGUGUGAAAUUUCCAUCAACCUUUCCUGCAGUACUUGAUCAUUGCAUAGAACUAUUAUGAAUAGUAAAAGAUUAGAACAGUGAUUUAUCCAAGAUCUUGUUGCUGCCUUAGAGGAAUUAAUCCAAACAAGAGCAUUGUUGAUAGAAACUGACUUCAAUUUCAAUUCAUUUUACGAUCCUGUAGAAAUUUUCAAUAGAUGUUAAUGCAUGGUUACUACCCCUUAUAAACAAAUGGUCCUGGAUUUGGGCAAAUAUUCUCAUGCAAAAAAAACAGAUGAAGCUACAGUUUUUCUCUAAGGAUCAUAUAGUUGCAAUGUUUUGAAAUUAAUAGUUUUAACUCCUGUAUGUGUUAGUGUAGGAUUUGUAGAAGGAAAGUGACUAAUUAUUUUUUUGCCUGGGUUGAUGAUUAUUUGAUCAUCAUGGUUGCAUUCUGUGUAACCUAGUUAUUCUAUACUUGUGUCAAAAGUACACUACACAUUUCACUUUACAAUAUUUUCCCAACUCAGUCUUUUGUAAUAAAAGUUACCAUUGUUGUUACUUCAAUGCAAACUUGUGAUUGUGAUUGUUAUUUCUCUAAGUUUAAGUUAUGAUUACUUCAAGAGAAUAUUUUAGUGUUGUUUUAAUAUCAAUGAAUUUAUAUUUAUAUGAUGAGCUGAAUUAUGAAAGGAAUUUGAUUGGUACUCAUGAUCUAUUGCAGGACAGAUAGUACAGAUAAUGCCAUCGAUAACAACAUUCUGCCUUUAUAUCUUGUAAAACAAAUAGAUUUCGUGUUGUUGUGGGUCUCAGAAUAAUCUAAGAACAUCAGUGACUUCCUUGGCUGCACUUUGUGUGCUAUUUUUUUUUUCUGGCCACAUUUUGACUUCAUUUGUGAUCUAUCAAUGAAUAGACACACACAACAUGGAAUCUACAAGCGAAAGUGACGAUUGGCCAUAAUUGUGACUGUCAGUAAAUUUGUCAAUGGUUUCAAUACAACAAUGAAAUGUUUCUCCUAUUUUAAUCUAUCACUACCAGUUAUUUUAAUUAUGUACAUAUAAGGGAAUAAAAUUUGUAUAGAUUACAUCAUUGUCUUCUAUUUGCCUUUGCUUUCUGUGUGAGGAGAUUUAAAGGAUUGGACAGUUCUUUAAGAAUUCUUCCUUUAAAAAAUAUUUUGUGAAAUUCUUUAACUUUUGAAACAUGCCCUCUGAUUGCGUUGAGAUUUUUUCCAAUAUUUUUGCUUCAGUAAUAUGGAUGAAACAGGAUCCUGAAACCACAUUUAUUUAAUGGAGUACCCAACCUCAAAUAUGCGCCAAGCCUGUAGGUAGGAAAAUGUGAUAUGUACCCACUCAACC